AUGCUGGAAGUCCAGGACAUUAGCAGAGGGAAUGGGACCUCAACAGAUUUCAUUCUCCUGGGGCUUUUCCCAGAGCUGCGCUAUCUGGGCAUCCUCAUCAUUUCUAUUCUCCUGAUCUAUCUCAUCGCGUUCACAGGGAACGCUGUCCUGGUCCUCUUGAUCUGGGCAGACUCUCGCCUCCACACCCCAAUGUACAUUCUACUCAGCCACCUCUCUCUUAUUGACUUGGCCUUAAUUUCCACCACUGUCCCAAAGAUGGUUAUCAACUUUUUCUCCAGGAAGAAAAGCAUCUCCAAAGUUGCCUGUGGGACCCAGAUUUUCUUUUUCUUUGCCCUUGGGGGUAGUGAGUGUCUCCUUCUGACCCUCAUGGCUUAUGACCGCUAUGUGGCUGUCUGUAAUCCCUUGAGAUAUUCAAUUAUCAUGAACUCUAGAGUCUGUCUGUGGAUGGCCCUUAUAUCCUGGGGUGGAGGUGCCCUGAAUUCUCUCAUCAACACCAUCUACACCAUGCACUUCCCAUUCUGUGGCUCUAGGGAAAUCCACCACUUCUUCUGUGAGAUGCCUGCUGUCCUGAGGCUCUCUUGUGAGGACACUUCCUUGUAUGAGACGGUGGUAUCCAUCAUCUGCAUCAUGUUUGUUCUUCUCCCUUUGGGACUCAUCAUGACCUCUUACCUGCUCAUCUUCCUCGCUGUCCUCCGAAUGAAUUCCCCAGAGGGCAGGAGGAAAGCGCUGGCCACGUGUUCUUCUCACCUGGCAGUUGUGAGCCUCUACUAUGGGCCAGCCAUGAUCAUCUACAUGACCCCUGACUCUUUCCACACUCCAGAACAAGAUGAAAUACUCUCCAUGAUUAACACCAUCUUCACCCCCAUGCUCAACCCUCUCAUCUACAGCCUGAGGAACAAGGAGGUGCUUGCUGCCCUGAGAAAAGUAAUGAGUCAACGAUUCAUUUUAAAGUAG